UUUACUGAACCUGAACAUGAGGCCCACAUGAAACUUUCUCCACCACUAAUUUAUAACAAAACCUGCUCUCAGGCCGAGAUAUAGCGUUCCAAGGCUCUCCACCGGUUUCAGAAUACCAACAUAUUCCCAAAUCCUCUGCUGCAGAGAUGGUGCUGGCUACUGGACAGCAGGCCAGGGUCCGAGGACAGGCCCUCGUGCAGCAGCGGAGCACGCCUGAGGCUAAGAGCCAUCCAUCCUUACUCCGACAGGCCCAUCAAUCUCAGUCUCCAUCCAUCUCACCAACUCUCCCACCCCUAAGAGCAGAGAACAGCUCUUCCCAAACUUGUCAACAGGAGACUCCAGGCCCCACCUACUCGCCGAGCAGAGGGCAGUGAAAGCCUAGAGGCCCGCGGUGAUGGGGUGGAGCGCGGUGAUGGGGUGGAGCGCGGGGCGAGUUCAGGUCGGGACACGGCCCCGAGAAGGGCAGGGGAUGAAGGGCAAAGCCACGCCGGCAGGAGGCAGACAGCGGGGAGGCGGCAGGCGCAGGGACGGCGCCGGGAGGCAGGGGACCGGGGGCUGGCCACACCAGCACCCAGGAAGCGGAGCGGAGCGUGCGGAGGGCGGCGCGAGCGCGCGAGCCCGAGGGGCGCAGGGGCCGCGGGGCCCAGGCCGGGGAGGGGCCGCGGGAGGGAGCCGGGGCCGGGAAGACCGCACGGCGACGGGUGGGGCCGAGGGGCCGACCGCGGACGGGGAAGCCCCUGGCAGAACGAGGAGGAGGAGGCGGGGGCAGGGAGGGGCCGCCGGAGGCCCGAGACCCCCAACUUUACCCGGACCCGAAACUGUUUCCGGAGGCCGCGCGGGACGGAGCGGGGCCCGCCUCGCCCAGCCGGCCUCCGCCGCCGCCCUCGCGGGACACGCGGCCUCAGCCCCCGCCUCCCCCGCCCUGGCCGGGCCUCGCCGCGACCCCGGAGGAGGCCAGCGGCGGGGGCGCCGCCGAGUCCCACCUUCUCUCCCGGGCCAGGCGCAGCCGGGGCGGGCGGGACCUCUCGCGCGCCGCCUUGGCCUGCCUCAUGGAGCCAUGCGCCUGGGGCCCGGAGGAGCGGCCCGCGGGCGGCGGACGGGCGGGAGACGCGCCGGCGGCGGAACUGGACGCCCCGCGGCUGGAGGUCUGAGCGGGACCGGCCCGAGCCGCCCGUAUCCCGGCAGCCACCGGGGCAGGGUGACGGGAGCGCCGAGGGGCUCUCCAGGGGCCGCGAGCGCCGCCCGGCCCCUCCGGCGCCGUCACGUGGCCCCGCCGGCGCGCGGUAUUGGCUGGCGUUGGUGGAGAGGCGGCUUUGCAGGGUCCGCUGUCGGGCGGUGGGAAGCGAGAGGGACCCGCGGCGAGGAGCCCAGGAAGGCGGGCCGGCGGCGCCGCACGCCCUGCGGAGGCCGCUCGGGCCGCGUCGGCGGCAGGCGCGGUGCAUGCCGGGCCGACCCCGCGAGCGCUGGGCGCGCCGGGACUUGUAGUCCAACCUCGCCGCGCCCCGCGAGCCUCCAGCCGGGCCUCCGCUCUGAGCACCGGCCCCGCCGCCGCCCUGACUCGGCCGUGGCCUGACGAGCAGCCCAGCCAGCGGGAAGGGCAGCUCUGGCCAGCGUUCAGUUUGGCCGACUCGCGGGCCGGAGGGCCAGCUGCACCAGCCUGGGUCCUGUCCGGAGUCUCCACACCUCUCGCGGCCCCAGACCAAGGCUGCGGCGGUGUUAGCCACAGUACAGAGCUAUUCCAUAAACAUCAGCGCCAAAAAACAUCUUAUUGAAGUUAGGAUGUUAAAACAUGCAUCUGAAAGAGGGCCUUAUGCUGCUGCUCCCAGGGCGGUACUGUAUUGCCCACAGACGGGAUUAUUGCUCCCUGCCUGUCCAGCCGUGGGGAGAAUUAUGUCAUCUGUCCUUCUCUACCACAAUCCUGCUUACUGGGAAGUACUAUUCCUGACCUCCACAGGACAUCACCCUGAUCUGUCGCCUUGGUGACUGUUGGCCUGAGCAGGUAAUUAAACCGAUGCCCCUCCCCUGGGAACUGACUGUUAGGCCACUUCCAAUGGACAUUCCACUUGCUGAGACCAUUCUCUCUCUGCUCUGGAGUUUCCAGAAUUCCCGGCCCAGAAGAGUCCGCCUGGAGUCCUUAAACACCUCUGCUCCCCCAGCUUUGGGUGCUGGGGCUCUUUUGGAGUUCAGCCCAUCUGGUAUCCAGAUGACCUAUUAAAUUCACAA